UAAAAAGUAGUAAAAUCUGUUUGACGGUGUUUAUGUUAAGUAAUUGCUUUAUUUACUUACUUGGCUACACGUGUUCAAUGUAAUAUUUUACAGUGCGUAAAAUUUGAACAAAAAUGGCGAGCAAUGAGCUUACAGUAAAUGGGAUCAAAUUGAGUAUGGUCCAUCCAAAUUACUUACACAGUAAUUCAACCAGUCAUCCCUGGGCACUCGGCGCGAUGGCGGAGUUGAUUGAUAAUGCCUAUGACCCGGAUGUUGGAGCAAAGAACUUAUAUAUAGACAAAAUGGAGCGAGAUGGACAACUGUGUUUGACUUUUCAAGAUGACGGAAACGGCAUGGAUUUUAUAAAACUUCAUCAGUUGCUUAGCUUUGGCUACUGUGACAAGACAGACAGUGGCAGAACUUACUCACACAAACCUAUUGGUCAGUAUGGUAAUGGCUUCAAGUCAGGAUCUAUGCGUUUAGGCAAGGACGUCAUCGUGUUUACCAGGUGUGAGACCAGUGCCAGUGUGGGGUUCCUGUCACAGACCUACCUACAGGGCAUAAAUGCCGAAUCUGUUCUGGUACCUUUACUGGAAUACAAAGUGCCAACACUGACACCAAUACAGCGAGCUGGCCGGGAGUCCAACUUGGAGGCCAUUCUAGAAUAUUCUUUGUACAAGUCUGAAGAAGAUCUAGUUGCUGAACUAACAAGCUUAAGAGCUGGGACGAAAAUAGUUAUAUUUAAUCUUAAAAAAAUCAACGGAAGAUACGAGCUAGACUUUGACUUUGACCCAUCUGACAUCCGGUGCCCUGUGGCUUACGUGACAGAACCAGACACCAAUGAGGAGCGUCCUGUAGUGGUGAGCAGUAGCCACAGACGUUCGUUGAAGGAGUAUUACAGUAUCCUGUAUUAUCGUCCGAGUAGCACCAACAUGGAAGUCUUUAUUCGUGGUCGUUUAGUAAAGCUCAAGCUUUUAUCCAAAACCUUGAAAGAGAAAGAAGAGCAAUUCUACAAACCGAAAACUGAAAGUAAACAAAUAAGGAUUUCUAUCGGCUUUGCACCAGAGGAGGACACAGAAGAUUAUGGAAUGCUUUUAUACCACAAAAACAGGCUGAUUAAAGCUUAUGAAAGAGUUGGAUGCCAAAAACAGGCCAAUGGGAAUGGAGUAGGUGUUAUAAUAGUCGCAAAUGUUGAUUUUCUAACUCCUACUCACACCAAGCAAGACUUUGAAACGGACGCUAAAUACAACACUGUAGUCGGAGUUUUUGCAAAGAGGGUCAAUGAUUUUUGGAAAAACAAAAGAGAGAUAUCAGAUCAUGCAAAAGGGUCCCGAACUCGCUCUAAGCGACUUUCUGGUUCAUCCAGAGUUGCAGAAAACUCGUCUGAAGCCACCAGCGUCCACCAUGGUCGUGGCAGUCCCGCCGAGAUGUUGGGGCCGUUACACGAGUCAGCUGACAUCAAUCUUAUCAGAACAGAUGAGCAUGAACAAGAAACAAGCUUGACAGAGAAUUUACCCGGAAGACCAAAAUUAGAAGCAAGCAUAAGCAAUAGUCAGCCUCCUCCUUCAAGGAAAAGAAAAACAGAAAGUGAAGACAUGACAGACUAUAACAGUGUAGCUAGCACAAGCCAAAAAUCGCCAAGACUUCGUGAGUCUUCUCCCUCAAUCAUUGCGCCAAUACAUAUCAGUACUGAAGACCAAGGAAAUAAUACUCUGUCACCUAAUAACGCAGCAGUCUCUACUAGUAUGUCUGGAGGAAAAAACUGUCAAACAAAUAAUGCCACAGCCGAUACCCAAGUAACUCAAGAGAAUCAGCUUUCAGAAAAUGUGGACAAUCACGUGAAAGACGAUAUAAUAAAAGGAGAGGUUUUCAGUACUCCCCUGUUAACUGAGACUCAGCUGUGCUCACCUACCACAGAUGCCAGUAGUUCACAACAAGCAUCCACAAGUGGAACAAACCCCUGCAACCCUACGCAGACUGAUGGAAUCGCUGGCUGUUCAAACACACAAAGUGUUGUCGAAACAGAGUCAGAAGAUGUACAGCAACUAAAAGAUAAACUUUCAAUACAGAGAUUAAUUAACGAUGGCUUGAAACGUAAAAUGGAAGAUUUUCGUAAAAAUGUUCAUCAUUUGUUAAUGCGUAUAUGUCCACCAUAUGACGGUACUUUGGAUCAAGUGGAACAUACGGUUAAAAAUCUGUUGAAAGAAUACAAAAAUGAGAGUGAGUUGAAUAAUUCAACGUAAAAGUUUAAUUAAACGCUCAUACAAUUUUUAAAGUUGUAUCAAAUACUGAUCAAUUUAGGUUAUUGAAUGACAUGAUAAUAGUGUGUUCAAUUUAUUAUAAAUAGCAUCCAGUAGCUGGAAAAUAUGCACUGAUGUGCUAUCAACGGCCUUUUUUUUUUAAAUUAAGUCCAUAUUCUAUUUUUCACCGAAUGCUUUAUAUUGUAAUUAUGCACUUUGAUUCUUUUUUUUUUUUAAGAAAUUAAAUAUCCUUCUCAACCUCGACUAAAUUGUUUAUGCCCAUUAGAAUAUAAAGACACACGCGUACCUGCGAUUUUACUUGUACUAUAAUUGUGAUUUUCUCUGUUAUUUAAAAAAAAAACGAAUCCUUCAGAAAAUAAAACCAGUUAUGUGACCUAAAAGCGAUUGAUAUAAUGAUAUGUAUUGUAGUUACUUCGUAAAACAUGUAUACCUAUUGACUCAAUGUGUGUAGAAUUAGUAAGACCUUAGCUAAUAUUUUUUAUCAGGUUUUUUAUCAUUCAUUAAAGCACGGGGUUUUUUUUUUUUGUUAAUAUGAUAAUGGAUUGGGUCAGACACGGUACUGAAACGACCAGAUGGAACCAUUGUAAUCUGGGUGAAGACCGAGCUUUAAUCCUAGCUGGUUUUUUAGGGCUGGGCAUAUAAACAUUGU